AUGAGGGGAAUCCCGGGCCCCAUAAGCUGCUGCUGCCCGCUUCCUGUGGAGCUCCGGGGACGAAGCGCGCGGCUGCGUAAAAGUGCCUGCGUCCGUCAAUUUGAUCCAGGCGGGCCUGCGGUUUUGUGGCACAUUGCGCGGGAAGCUAAGAGCGCAGCCACCCGGCAGCCAGCGUUGAGAUGCCACGGACGCCUCACUGUUCUACUCGGCAAGCAAAAGAUGAAGUUAGCGCAAGUUGCAUCGUGGCUUGCCCUGCUCGGGCGGCUUCAGGCCUGCGUCGGCGGCGCGCCGCCGGCGGCGCGCCUGCCGCCAGACCUCGCCGAGGCUUACCAGCAGUAUGCCCCGAUCUUCCUCGCGGAACUACGCGCGAUGUCAGCGUCGGCGCGUGCGGGGGCCGAGGGGGGCGCAGAAUUCCAACUCAGCGACAUCGCCGAGUUCGAGCGCAACAUCCCAGAUGGCACGCCGUUCUAUGUGGGCCCGCCCGUGGUGAAUGAAUUGACGACGAGGGCGCUCGAUGCGCUCGGCGCCAGUGUGGGCAGCUGGGUACCCGGCAAGGCCGACUGCGCGCGGUUUUUGCGCAGUAUCCUAGAGGACGAGCCCUUGGUGACACUCAAGAUUUCGGAGACAAACUUGUUUGAGGGCCUCAAUGUGACCGCAGGGCCGACCACCUGA